CGCAGAAUCACAUUCCGAGCGGAGCUACCUGCGGCUGUCGACUGUCGGAAAAUGUGAAUAGUUAUUUAGAGAGCAGUGGAUCAGUGUCGGGGUUGGAUGUGCGUGAGUGGUUGGGUGGGGUUUGUUUUCAACUUAAUGUUAUUUUUUCGGGGGAUUAUUUAUUUUUAGUAGGUGAUUUUUUUACUUAAAUAUGGCUCUAAACCAGGACGUAGAACAGCUGAAAAGUAACUUAGUUGUUAGGAUGGACCAAGAUUCGGAUACUGAACUUCAGGCUUUAUUUGACAGUGUCUUAAAACCAGACUCAAAACGAAUGUUAGCAGUGCCUUUUCGAAUGCGUAAACUUCCUAAUUCGUUUUUUAAUCCACCGUCAACAGGUUCGAAAUCACCCUCGGUUUCUUCUAUAUCCCAUAGCAGAGAAAAUUCAGCUGAUUCUGCUUUUGGAACGACAACGACAACAACUACCUCGACUGGAUUACAAGUUCAUCAUCCUCGAGCUCAUAGUUCCCCCGCUUCAUUGCAACAAACUUAUGCGUCUGCUGGUCAUCAACAACAACAUCAACAUAAACCUCAACGAAGUUACGAUAUAACCAACAUAGAUCAAGAUCUAGGACCUCUGCCACCUGGUUGGGAACAAGCGAGAACGUUAGAAGGACAAGUUUAUUUUCUCAACCACAUCACACGCACCACAACAUGGGAAGACCCACGCAAGACGAUAGCAGCGCAAGUUGCGAAUCAACAACAACGCAGCGCAGAACUGCUAAACACACCCCACCCAGCUGCUGCUACUUCGCCACAACCUCCAGCCAAGGGCAACAGCCCUGCCACCAGCCCAGCCCCACUUGGCCCUUUACCUGAGGGGUGGGAGCAAGCCGCCACUCCUGAGGGCGAAACAUACUUCAUCAACCAUCAGACCAGAACUACAUCUUGGUUGGACCCUCGGAUACCUGCCCACCUACAGAGGCCACCGACCUCUGGAGUGCAGUUACCCUCAGGUGCUGGGUCCUGGCUGCCUCAGGCGACCGUGGCCCAGUCCUCCAUUAGCCAACAGAAGCUGCGACUGCAGUCACUGCAACUGGAGCGUGAGCAACUCAAGCUGCGUAGACAAGAGAUCAUGCGACAGCAAGAACUGAUGAUGCGCACCAGCACAACAGACUCAGGGAUGGACCCGUUCCUGUCUGGACUGACGGAUCACGCUCGUCAGGAAUCUGCUGAUAGUGGGCUGGGCAUGGGCAACAACUACAGUCUGCCUCACACUCCUGAGGACUUCCUCAGCACCAUGGACGACAACAUGGACGGCGUCAGUGAGGGUGGCGGUCCAGGAGCAGCUGACAUUGCAGCCCUCGACUCUCAUGACCUUCCUUUGACUGAUAACAUAUCUGAGCUCGACCCCUCACUAACAUUGGGAGAAGAGUUCACUUCCGACAUUUUAGAUGAUGUCCAGGCCCUCAUCAAUCCAAACAGCAAGGCAGAUAAUGUUCUUACCUGGCUUUGAUCACAAAAACAACCCUUGUUGUUUAAAAGCAUUUUACACUUUUUUAUUAUUUAUUUUAUUACUUCCGACAGUGUCAGUUUCUAAGAAGUGUUUUGGAAAAUUGUCAGUUCAACGAGGUAAGACGAUCUAUUAAAAAGAGUUCACAGUUGAAGUUAAGUUUAAACAAGCGUUUAUCUUAUUGUUAUGUAGUUAAAUUAAAUAUUUGAACUCGACGCGGAAGUUGUGUCUCUGAAAGUUUUGUUUUAGCAUAUACUAGCUUAUUUACUUCUGUUUGCUAUGUUAAGUUUUAUUGUAAGUGCGUUGUUGAAACAAUCGCUUCGUUAAAUUUUGCAUUUGGAAUUAUAAUUUAUCAAUAGUUAGCGUUACUUUACAGAUGUUUGAAUGCUAUUAGGAUAAGUAUUAAAGUUGUAUAUUGUGUUUGUA